GGUGUUCAAGGGAUAGACAUCUUGCAAGAUGAUUUUUUUAGGCUUCUUGGUGAUUUUGACGUCAGUCCAAGCUGUGUCUGUGCCUACCUUCUCCCCCGUGUAUGAGCUGAAGGUGGGCUAUGGAGACAAUGUCACCCUCCCCUGUAACUUUUCCUCCUACCUGGGCCAGGAGGAUGAGGGAGAGGUCCGCUGGGAGGCCAUGGGGCAGGAGGUGGCCUCUAUGGAGGUUGGGAACAUCCUUGGUGAGGCCAGAUGGGACGACGGGGCCAAGGGUGUGGAGGUCAAAACGACACUGGGGUUCUCUUCUCGGGUGGAAUUCCCCCCAGCAGAGAGGAUGAGAGAUGGAGACUUCUCUAUGACCAUCCAGGAGACAGUGUUGAGCGAUGAGGAAAUGUAUGAGUGUAUCUGGCUGGGCCGCAAGACCAUCUCUACGGUCUGGCUCAAGGUUCAGGAGCCUGACCCUCCACGCUCUAUCACGCUGUUCAAGGGAAGCCCGGUCACUCUGCCCUGCUACGGUGUCAUCCCCAAGACCCAGCCCACCAGCCAGAUCUACAUCCAAUGGCUGAAGGACGAUGUGGAGAUCAUGACCCUUAACCCUGGCCCAGACGACAAGGAACCUAAGGAAGAAGACCUCCGUCUCUCUCUCCCACCCAACAACCUGCUGGAGAAUGGUGACCUGUCCUUGUUUAUCUACAAGACGGAGCUCAAAGACCAGGGAGUCUAUCGCUGCUUCUACAAGUCCAGGGGCUUCGAGGACCCUAAGAGUGGGAUACCAGAGGGUGUCUCUCUCACCAUCCUAGAUCCAUACACUGACUUAUAUAACUUAACAGGAACAGAGAAUGUCACCAGUAGCUCAGACUUCAGUGGAACAAGCGGUGACAGUGAGAACCCAAUAACAUUCUUCAGUUUGGUGACCCAAGAUAAGGAGGAUAUGAAAGUGACAUCAUCUGAGCCAAUACUAGUGCAGACAGAGAUGACACCAUCAUCACCUGACACAACCUUCGAGGAUCCAGAAGACGUGUUGGUAGUGUUGGCAAAGACCCUUCCGCUUGUGCGUAUCGGGAUAAUCACCGGGGUUCUGCUGGUUACAGCUCUGAUCUUCUUCCCUCUGCUGGCUCUCAACAAGAUCCCAUCCUAGACCCACAUUAGGAAGAUAGGUUAGGGCAAGGUCAUUCAAUUAUGGUUCUGGAGGGCUGAAAAACAGUUUUCUUUCUCUUUUAAUCAGACUGAUUCAGAUCUGGGUCUAUCAGAUGACUCUUGGCCAGUCAAUUACAUCAAAUGAUAAUUCAUUCAGGACUAGUAACUUUUUAAAGUGUAUACAGUGCAUUCGUAAAGUAUUCAGACCCCUUUGAUUUUUCCACAUUUUGUUACUUAUUCUAAAAUAUAUUCGUCUUUUUUUUCUCUCAUUAAUCUACACACAAUACCCCAUUAUGACAAAUUGAAAACAGGUUUUGAGACAUUUUUGCAAAUGUAUAAAAAAACAGAAAUAGCUUAUUUACAUAAGUAUUCAGACCCUUUGGGAUGAGACUCUAAAUUGAGCUCAGGUCUAUAAGGUCCCACAGUUGACAGUGCAUGUCAGAGCAAAAACAAAGCCAUGUGGUCGAAGGAAUUGUCCGUAGAGCUUUGAAACCGUAUUGUGUCGAGGCACAUUGUACCAACAAAUGUCUGCAGCAUUGAAGGUCCCCAAGAACACAGUGGCCUCCAUCAUUCUUAAACGUAAGAAGUUUGGAACCACUAAGACACUUCCUAGAGCUGACCUCCCCGCCAAACUGAGCAAUCGGGAGAGAAGGGCCUUAGUCAGGGAGGUGACCAAGAACCCGAUGGUCACUCUGACAGAACUCCAGAGUUCCUCUGUGGAGAUGGGAGAACCAACAGGAAGUACAACCAUCUCUGCAGCAUUCCACCAAUCAGGCCUUUAUGGUAGUGGCCAGACCGAAGUCACUUCUCAGUAAAAGACACAUGACAGCUCACUCCGAGUUUGACAAAAGACACCUAAAGGACUCUCAGACCAUGAGAUACAAGAUUAUCUGGUCUGAUGAAACCAAGAUUUAACUAUUUGGCCUGAAUGCCAAGUGUCACAUCUGGAGGAAAGCUUGAACCAUCCAUACGGUGAAGCAUUGUAGUGGAAGCAUCAUGGUGGGGAGGAUGUUUUUCCCGCGGGGACUGGGAGACUAGUCAGGAUCGGGGGAAAGAUGAACAGUGCAAAGUACAGAGAGAUCCUUGAUGCAAACCUGCUCCAGAGUGCUCAGGACCUCAAACUAGGGCGAAGGUUCACCUUCCAACAGGACAACACAGGCAUGGCUUCGGGACAAGUCUGUGAAUGUUCUUCAGUGGGCCAGCCAGAGCCCGGACUUGAACCCAAUCUAACAUAUCUGUUGAGGCCUGAAAAUAGCUGUGCAGCGACACUCCCCAUCCAACCUGACAGAGCUUGAGAGGAUUUGCAGAGAAGAAUGGGAGAAACUCCCCAAAUACGUUUAUGCCAAGCUUUUUGCUUUGUCAUCAUGGGGUAUUGUGUAUAGAUUGAUAAGGGAAAGAAAAACAAAUGAAUCCAUUUUAGAAUAAGGCUGCAACAUAACAAAAUACAAACGCACUGUGUGUGAAUAGUCGGAAAAUGCUACAUUAUCUUAGUCACAAUACAGCUACAGCCUCUAUGCAUUUGUCCUCUGCGAUGCUGGAUCAACCACUCAUCUGAGCUGCCAGUGAGAAGUCCGAUCGUUUGAUGAUGUCUGCACUGCUACGUCCUCUGAAUGCUGGAGGGUGUGUUACUGGAAUGUGGGAUUGGACUCAAGGCCUCAGAUGAACCCUUCUAUGCUCUGUCCAUAUAUAGUAUUCCUAUUAAUAGCUGUCCCUGCACCAGGAAAUAUGUUUAUUGCUACAAGUGCUGGAAGGAUGACGAGGGCGGGGAGACCGUCUUCAAAUACUGAACUGCACCGUUUGAAAACACAGU